GGCUGGUGUGAGCCUCCAGCUCUGAGGGAACCCGGGGCCUGCAGCCAGCCAGGAGCAGCUCGUCACGUGACCAGGUGAGACAACCAGAGCGAGGGUCACACUGGGCAUCUCCCAGCAACCAGCCAGGGGCAGCUCAUCACGUGACCAGUGAGACUGCCACAGAUCAAGCUGUUCCUUUAAAUAUCUUGCAAUGUUCUCUGCAGAGGGACUAGUGGGAAUCUCCGGUGUUCCAGGAAGAGUACAUUUUUUCCGGAUAUCGUAAAUAUCCCAAAGCUACCAAGACUUAGAGGGGGGGCUGUAAGGAAGAAGAGGCGAAUGGCUCUGUACCUUGUUUCACUUUUCCCUUGAAGCCUAGCUCGAGGGUGAAUGACUGUUCGCUAGCAGGUUUUAAGCCAGGGACUUUCUGAGGAUCUUCCAGAAUCUGAAGCAGUGAACCUUCAGAAACAAUGAUGGUGGGAAACUCUCCAAACUCUGCUGAACGUUGAGAAUUCGUGCACUUGUUCCAUCGUCACUUGUCCCAGCUAAUAUAUGCCUGAGAUCACACAUUGUCGGUGGAAUUGGAAGAAUGUUCUUGCAUCCUUUGUGCAGCAGUGACUCUGUUGCAAUGUUAAGAAGUCACUAGGCAUGAAUUGGAAGUGUUUUUUCUUGUUAAUUUUUCUACCUUUUUGAAAUACACCCCUUUGAAUUUUGGGGCAUCCAAAAGAGAGCAUUUUGGAGAUCUACUCUUUUUUAUUUUAAUUUUUUCGUAUUUAACUACUGUGGAAUAUACAAAGUCUGGACAAUAGACCGUUAUGCGAAGUCAUGUUUUGGUUUGGAGGUACCCAGUGGUUAUUCUUGGUCUCAUUGUUUAUUGCUGCUGUGGUUACCCUUGGGGUGUACCUGUUUCAGUAUGCUCUGGGCAUCUUUUGGGCACGUAGAGAACAAUCGGCGUCUUCUCAUGGGCAUAGUGAAGCCAGCUCUCUCCUGUCCUGGAUACUUGCCCUACCCAGCUGGAAAAACCAGUGGCUGAAAGCUUGGAUAACUGCCCUGAACGAGGAAGCGGGCAAAAGAGGGGGUUCUCUGCGACUGGCAUUUGAAGUGGAAAGUACCCAGCGUCCUCUCGACUUGUCAGUAAAACAAGUGGAAAGUGUGGCAAAAGCCGAACGCUUGAAGGUUGUGUCAUGCACUGUGACUGGGGACUCUAUACAGUUUGCUGUGCGCGUCACUCGCAGUAUCCCUGCCAACUCUGGGUGCCAGGUGUACAGCGUGCGGAUUACCCCUCUUCAGCUGAGUCUGGAACUCCGCAUGAAAGAGGACAAUGGUGGGAACAUUCGAGUCUCCUGGUCUAUGGGGAGUUUCUCAGGCCUCGAUCUUCAGGUUCAACCAAAAACUAAGCAGGAGACUCCAGGAACAGGGACAAUUGUGGAAACUCUUGAAGAUAUCCUAAAAAAUCUCAUGGGAAUUGUCCGACCAUGUGUAGAAUUAAACGCACGACCGACCGACCCUAAAGAUCUGCAGACAGUUUUUGGGUCCAGAGCCAACACUCAGAUAAUGUGUCCCCCUAAACCUCCAAGAGCCCACGAGUUGAAACUGCAGGUGAAGAAUAUCAGGGCGUCCUUGUCAGAUGGCGGAAGUCUUUCCGGGCUCUCGGGUAUUGUGUGUACCGCACAGCUGAACGACCCUGCACAGAAAGUCAGAACAGCCACUGUAAAUAACACUACAAGCCCAUCGUGGGGCGAAGAGUUCUCAUUUGAAUUAAACGCUAAAUCCAGGGAGCUGCUGCUGCAAUUUCUAGAAGCUGGGAAGCCAACAGAUAGUUCGCCUUUGGCCUGGGCUUGUGUGCCCUUGGAUCUUUUUCGAAAACAGCCCUCCGGAUAUCAAAGUUUCUUGCUAAGCUCACAGUCUGGCAGUGGUGUGUCUGGUUCGGUCACGGCACAGUUUUUAUAUAUAGAACCGAAUGAAGUGAAAUGCUGGACAAUCCCCUCUCCAAUUCCAGCCAAGAAGGUGGAAAAGGACCGUACGGUAAUGCCAUGUGGGACCGUUGUCACCACAGUUACCUCAGUUACCUCAAAGCCUCGCAUGGAAGGGAAGGGGACAACUCAGACCAAUGACUCUCCUGUGAGGACAUCACCAAAAAUGAAAGUUUUAGCGCGGGACUUUUCUGUUCAAGCCAUUCCUUCCCAGAAUGCUGUUGUCAGCAAGGCUCUGUCAUCAUCCGAUACCGAGCUUUUGAUGCUGAACGGUUCUGAUCCGGUGGCAGAGGUGGCGAUCAGACAGCUGAGGGAGUCCUCUAAACAGCCCCUGAAAUCCCCAAGGAAGAAAAGCACCAUCAUUAUUUCAGGAAUUUCAAAGAGUGCUCUUUCUCAGGACGAUGAGACCACUCUAAUGUUUGAUUAUGCAGCCGCCAUGGACAGCACGAUUGGAACCGAUGUCCAUUCCGUCUCUAUAACUGAAACUAUGGAAAUACCGGGUGAUCCGCACCGUUCUAAGGAGGCCGUGCCGGGAAUGUCUGACACUAGCCCAGAAGAUGAGCUGCAUGAUGCCUGGGAGAAUGGCAGCCAGCCCGACGAAUGGACCAGCAACGGGCUGGUGGAACCAGACUGUGAAGAAAUGUCCAUUAGCAAUCUGAGUAUCUCUGAAACAGGGAGCGUCAAGAAAUCCAAAGGAGGGUUUUUAAGGAAAGGGGCCAAGCUUUUUUUCCGGCGAAAACAUCAUCAGAAAGAGCCAGGUAUGAGCCAAUCUCACAACGACUUGGUCUACCUGCAAGAGCCAGGAACGGAAGAGCAUCGGAAGAAAGGGGCGACUCUGUCUCGCCUCCUCAACAAGAAGAUGUCCAAAAAUAAAGGCAAAAGCAGGGGCCAGAAUCACCCACCGGUGGAAAAUUAAAAAAAAAAAGAAGAAGAAACAAAAAACCCAAGGCAAGCUUUCUGCAAGAUGCCUAUCAGGAUAAAAAUAACGUGCAUGUUUGCACCUUGGUUCACACAGAGAUAUUACAGGGACACGAAGUUGGCUGCAAACUGUACCUGUUAUUUCUCAUAUGUGAAUAUGAACUUUUCUUGCUAGCUUAACACUGUGAUAUUUUACAAGCCUGUUAAUAUAUAGAAAUGCUGUUUGCAUCUUCACGAAGGAUCCUGCAAAUAGUGUGAAGGAAUCACAAGUCACGUCAGUUAACCUUUCGAGUGCUGGUAAGGGGCUGUGCCACACUUUCGUCCCGUUGGCACAUGGAGCAUUUGUCUACUUAAUGCCAGAGUGGCUUUGCAUUUUUUUUCACCCCUAGGUAACUCAAAAGGUUAAGGGCAUUAGCAGCAAUAUAUUAAUUGGCAAUGACCAUGUUUUGAACUCUUAAUGGAGGAAAGCCUAUAUAGCCGUCUCUGAAAGAGACAAUAUUGUGCCAUUUUAUGCAACUUGUUCUAUGCAUGUAAUGAGUGGAAAAUGAGGUAGCAGUCCAUCCUUCUGAAUUUAUCAUUCUAAUGAAAAACUGUAGGUGAGGUCCAAGUUCUCACAACAUUUAAAGAGCAUUUUGUCACAGUCAGAAAUGCAUUUGGUAGAUUGACAUCUCAAGUGUCCCCAUGCAGGAAUAUUAAACGCCAAGACCAGGGAUAGGCAACCUUCGGCUCUCCAGAUGUUUUGGACUACACCUCCCAUGAUGCUUUGCCAG